GGAAAUGAUCAUCGAGUUCGACCCGAGGACGGUGGUGUUGGAGCUGCGGCAGCGCCGGAAGGACUGGCGGGUCGAGGAUGCCGUCAGCAGCGCCUCGAGCUCGGUGGCUCAGCCGAGCUCGCAGAUCGAUGGGGGUGCUAGCGAGGAGUUCGCUGCGGCAUUCGAGAGGUGUUGGGCCUCAUGGGCCAAAGUGCCAGACCGAGUGCAUUUUGACAAGGAGAAGGGGUUUGGCGGCGCCUUCAGCGAGCUGUCCCAGUCGUUCAACGCGGUGCAGCCAACGACCCAUCGCUCGACAGGCUCAUUGGCAGCUCGGUCGUGUCGAGUGGAGCGUCAGGGAGCUUGGUGGAAGGAGCUCGCGGCGAGGGCGAUCGAGCACUCGUCGAUCAGGUGCGGGGGCGAGAUGCGGGCGCUAGGCAUCAUGGCGUCGGGCGCGAAGAACUCGCUGAGGAGGCGAGCUGGCUUCAGCUCCGCGCAGUGGGUGCUGGGGCGCGAUUCCAAGAAGCCCGCGGACUUAGUGGGCGACGCGGCCAACUACAGCGCCCACUGCCUCGCCUCCAAUGACGAGAAAAUUCGCAGACGUUUUGCCAUCGGGCGGGCCAUGCUGGCUUGCGCGCGCACGGUGGCCUCGCCCUUGUCAGUGGGAGAGAUGUGCUACGUGUUCCGCCAGGUGAAGAAGAAGAAGGAGCAGAGGGAGCAGCGCAACCGCAACGCCAAGAAGGGCCUCUGGCGAGGAAACUCCAUGCUGGUGGCCGCGGAGCACAUCAAGACGCUCGCCCCGGACGACGUCUGGUUCCCAAACGGCAGGGGCGAGAUCGGCCAGGUCGUGGCCGAGCUCAACAGUGUUCGUAACUCACUGGAGCAGGACGAGGCUCCCGUGGAGGACAUCCGCCCGGAUCCGGGCGAUCCCGAGGUCAUGCCAGACCAGAUGGAGCAGGCGUGGCAGAAAUUUGCCGGCACUCCAGAUGACAAUGACUUCGGUUUGGACGCCUCGGGGGACCCAGAUCGAGCUACUUUCGAUGGAGCAGACAGCUGCGAUUUCGACCCGGCGUUCAAGCGCCUUCACACCUGCGCGGAGCAUGUGGGGUGA